CCCGGAAUUUAUUUGACAGUCCAAAAACGAUGUCGUUAAUUUGUUCUCAGUAGUCACUGGUCCGCUGCACAAGAAAAACAACACUUUUAUUUUUUAACCUAGAUUUUGCCAAAAUCAAUUAACCACUUAUUUCUGUCGAGUAUCAUCUCUACAAUUGGAAUGGCGGCUGAACAACCAAAAGAGGCGACUGAGGACGCAAAGAUCGAUCUAUUCGAAGAUGAUGACGAGUUUGAGGAGUUUGAAAUUGAGUGGGAUGAAAAAGAGGAAGGUAAGGAAGUAACUCAGCAAUGGGAAGAUGAUUGGGAUGAUGAUGAUGUCAAUGAUGACUUCUCUCUGCAGCUUAGGAGGGAAUUGGAGAGCAUCACUGAGAAGAAUGGAGCUAAGUCUGCAUGAUAUAAGUUUCUCUUAUUGAUGCUUCCCCAUAAUUUAUUUGUUACCAAAUCCUGUGAUGAUGUCCUUCUAGAACAUUGCGUGUAGGAGAAUCCAUUGAGUUCUCAUUUGAUUCCAGAGUCUUGUUAAUGAAGAAAUUUUCUAUUUUCAUUCCUUAUUCUGAGGUAUAUUUUUAUGGUCCAACUUGACAUCAUUUCACUGGCUGUUCAAUUUCUUCCAUAUCUGAUACAUGAGGAAUUUAUGGCA